GAAAUAGGUUUUUGAACUACGGAGCGGCGUGGCUAUCGAUAUAAACCCACUGACACGGUGUCUCCCAACUAUGACUGAAGCCCUUGUCCAGAAAGCCGGCAUGACCAGUUCCGACCAUCGUCCUCGUAAUCAGACCUACCAAGGUUGUAUCCCCUGUCGCAUUCGAAGGAAGGUGUUUGUCUUUUCAUGAAGAAAUGCCCCCUCGAUCCCGAUCUCCUUGGAAGUUGCAAAGAAUGUACAAAAUUUGGAAUUAAAUGUGAAGGCUUUGACUCCAGAUUUCCUUCAUGGACAAAGAAUCCGGAGCAACUGAAGCAGUACAAAGAAAUGCUAAGAGGAAAGAUUGCAUCCAAGUCCACUCGCUGGACUGCGCUUCGGACGGACUUGGGGAGGUCACAUCCCAGCGGCGAGCCACCUAACCAUGCCGGGUUAUCCGUAGGAGACAUUCCCGCGCCCUGGAACCCUCAAAAUCUCAUGGGCCAUCCUUGUCCUGGGACUAUAGAAAUUCCCACGCCGGCCGCUACCUCCACCGUGUACCUUUGGGAAGCGAGCAGCGCAUUUUCAACCUCGAGUCCGGCGGGACACAGCGACGUGGCGGUCAAUAUGAACGCAUGGAACGCUCAACAGAACGCCCAAUACGCUCAUUAUUAUUUCGCUUAGAGGCGUCCCGCUCGCUAACUUGAAGAUCCAUGCCGGUGGAGAAUAUUUGGG